AAGGCGUUCAAUGAACGUAAAGGUAUUUUUGUCAGAAUCAAGGUAAUCCAGUCUCGAUUUCUCAGUUUUUAUAGUGAAUAUUUAAAUUUUAAAAUGGCUAAAGCAAGAAAACAAGUUGUCAAACCCGUCGGACCACAGAAAUCAGACAAGAAAUCCAAACAAGACUACAACAUAUGGUACAAUAAGUAUUCAGGUGAAAGGCACAAACCAGGCGAAGAGCGCACGAAAGCUAUUAGUCGAUGCAACAUUGCAACAGAUGCAGGUGAAACUCGAGGAACGCAUAAUGAUAUUGCAGGAAUAUGUUUGAACUUUGCACGAGGUUGUUGUGCUUUAGGAUAUGAGUGUUCUUGGCGCCAUGUGGUUCCAGAGAAAGGCAAGCAUAGUUUAGAAACAAUGAAAGAUUGCUUCGGUAGAGAAAGGCAUGACGAUGUUCGGGAUGACCAGAGUGGUGUAGGAUCUUUUACAGCUGAUGAUGAAACAUCGAGGACUUUAUAUGUAGGGGGGAUUGUAAAAACACCCAGCAUGCAUAGCAUUGUUUAUAAACAUUUCCAGGAAUGGGGUGAUAUUGAUAAUAUAAGAGUCCUUGAUGGAAAAGGUGUUGCAUUUGUAAGAUAUAAAGAUCGAGCUAAUGCAGAGUUUGCUAUGGAAGCCAUGCAAAGGCAAUCUUUGGAUAAUAAUGAGAUCUUGAACAUUCGUUGGGCAACAAAAGACCCAAAUCCAUGGGCUGAGAAGCGUAAACAACAAAAUGCUAAACGAAAGCUUGUUGAGGCUGCAGUAAAUACUGGGAUGUUAAAUGAAGAUGYCAGUGAUGUACCUAAGAUAAAGAAGUCUCAUCAUGUUACUGAUGAUAUCACUGGGUAUUAUCCAAACACAGACUAUCUUUAUCAAGACUCUGGUGUCACAACUACAACCCUCCCCUCCCUAGCUCCCUCUCCACCUAAAACCCUAUCAGAUCUUGUAGCUUGGUCUCAAAAACAGGCAUCUAUUGACAGGGUUGAUGACAAAAAGAGUUCAGAAAAUACUGUUAAAGCAUUAGUUGGUGACUAUGGAUCAUCAUCAGAUGACGAGGAUUAAAAAAGAUUUCAUAAAAUCACAUAUUUUAUACAUUUAUUGCCAUGAGCAUCAAAUGGGCUGUCAUUAAGCCAUUCUGUAACUCUCACGUCUUCUUUCGAUAUUCUACUAUUUAUAGAGAAUGAUAAUCAGGUGUGCAUUUAUUUACGUAUGAAAUUGAGAAUAAGUUUUUGUUAGCAGCAUGUUAGUUUAUAACUACCAUAAAAUA